AUGUCAACACUGAAAGUGACAGUGUUCAUUUUGAUAUUGGUAACAUAUGCACACUGCAAAAUGCAAACAAUUGCGGUAAAGGGACAAGUGGCAUGCAAUGAUAAAUCGGUUAAUAAUGUUCAUAUUGAACUACGAGAAGCCGAUAGAUGGGAUCCUGAUGAUUCACUUUCUGCAACUCAUUCUGAUCAAAAUGGACGCUUUGAAGUAAGCGGACAAGAAGAUGAAUUAGGCAGUAUUGCGCCUUAUUUACGCAUUACUCACAGCUGCAACGAUGGCGUCAUCGAUCCAAAAUGUAGGAUUGUGGACGAUUAUCAAAUCCCGAAAAGUUAUAUCAAUGACAUCUAUAAUAUGGGUAUCGUUAGCCUGAAUAUCGAUCAGGAAGGCAGGGUGAAGAAGUGCGCUUACUGA